AUGUCGCACCGGAAGUUCGAGGCUCCUCGCCAUGGCUCGCUGGCCUUCCUGCCACGCAAGCGUGCCGCCCGUCACCGUGGAAAGGUCAAGAGGUAAAAAUACCCUACAUCGUACAUCUGCAUUGGAUCUCUGGCAAAGGCAGGACGCAAACAUGCGACAAGAGCUCUGAUGGCUGACAAUUGCAUGUAUACAGCUUUCCCAAGGACGACCCGAAGAAGGCGGUCCACCUGACCGCCGCCAUGGGCUACAAGGCCGGCAUGACCACCAUCGUGCGCGACUUGGACCGCCCUGGUGCGAAGCUGCACAAGAAGGAGAUCGUCGAGGCCGCCACGGUCAUCGAAACUCCUCCGGUACGAGACUUGGCGCCAAUACCAUUCAUGGCAUGCGCUGAUCCGUACAUUCUCACAGAUGGUCGUUGUUGGCCUGGUUGGCUACAUCGAGACCCCCCGUGGCCUGCGCUCGUUGACUACUGUCUGGGCUGAGUACCUGUCAGACGAGAUCAAGCGCCGAUUCUACAAGAACUGGUACAAGAGCAAGAAGAAGGCCUUCACCAAGUACGCAAAGAAGCACGCCGAAGACGGCGGCAAGAACAUCACCCGCGACCUCGAGCGCAUCAAGAAGUACUGCACCGUCGUCCGCGUCCUCGCCCACACCCAGAUCAGCAAGACCCCACUCAAGCAGAAGAAGGCCCACCUCAUGGAGAUCCAGGUCAACGGUGGCUCCAUUGCUGACAAGGUGGAGUUCGGCCACGGCCUCUUCGAGAAGCCGGUCGAGAUCGACAGCAUCUUCGAGCAGGACGAGAUGAUUGACUGCAUUGCCGUCACCAAGGGUCAUGGUUUCCAGGGUGUCACCAGCCGAUGGGGUACCAAGAAGCUUCCUCGCAAGACACACAAGGGUCUCCGCAAGGUUGCUUGUAUCGGAGCAUGGCAUCCAUCCCACGUCCAAUGGACAGUCGCCCGUGCCGGUCAGAUGGGCUACCACCAUCGUACCUCGGUCAACCACAAGGUCUACCGCAUCGGCAAAGGCAACGACGAGGGUAACGCCACCACCGACUUUGACCACAGCAAGAAGCAGAUCACUCCGUAAGUUUGAGUUGCAAAUUCUUUACUCACCACACGGAAGCUAACAAUCUGCAGUAUGGGUGGUUUCGUCCGCUAUGGUGAGGUCAAGAACGACUUCGUUCUUCUCAAGGGCUCCGUGCCAGGUGUCAAGAAGCGUGUCAUGACCCUGCGCAAGUCCAUGUUCGUUCACACUUCCCGCCGUGCGCUCGAGAAGGUCGAGCUCAAAUGGAUCGACACCUCCAGCAAGUUCGGUCACGGUGCCUACCAGACCCCGGCCGAGAAGAAGCAGUUCAUUGGUACUCUCAAGAAGGACCUCAUCACCUCGUCAUAA